GCAGGACGGAGGAGGAAAUCAAACAGACGGACAAGUCGGCGUUACUCCGCCGGUUGGUUGGUUUAUGUGGAUGCUCCGGGCAGUGGGAGUUACCGAAGCAGGCUAUUUGACGGUUCAAAAGAAAAGAAAGUUUUUACUUGAGAAACGCCGGUCAUCUGUGAUUCAGAGAACCGAAGCAGACCAAAAUGGAGCAGGAGGCCGACCCACCACUGAGGAUCGGCUUCAUCGGUGCAGGAAACAUGGCUUUCGGCAUUGCAAAGGGCAUGUUGUCAGGGAAUGUUCUUCCUGUAAACAUCAAAGUUAGUGCACCAUCCUCCACCAAUCUGGGACGUUUCCAGGAACUUGGCAUGUCUGUAACUCACUCCAACCCAGAGGUGGUCUGUGGGUCAGACGUGGUGUUUGUCGCGGUCAAACCUCAUCUCGUUCCACACGUUCUCUCUGAAGUCUCUCGGCACGUCACAAAGAAACAGAUCAUUGUCUCUGUUGCAGCAGGAGUGACCCUAGCAGUGUUGGAGGAGCUCCUCCCGGAGAACUCCAUCGUCAUCCGGCUGAUGCCUAACCUUCCCUGUCUGGUUCAAGAAGGGGCCCUCUUGUUUGCACGGGGGGCCAAUGCAAAACCAGAAGAUGGGGCUCUACUUCGCAGCUUGUUGCUCUGUUGUGGCUUGGUUGAGGAAGGGCCUGAAGCCUGGAUCGAUAUCCACACGGGGCUGAGCGGGAGCGGAGUGGCUUUUGUAUACCUGUUUGCAGAAGCCCUGGCAGAAGGAGCUGUUAAAAUGGGCAUGCCAAGCGCUCUGGCUCACAGCAUCGCAUCUCAAACUGUUCUGGGUGCUGGGAGAUUGCUGCGUGACUCUGGGAAGCAUCCAGCUCAGCUCCGGUCAGAGGUCUGCACCCCGGGCGGAACAACCAUCUAUGGGCUUCACACGCUGGAGCAGGGAGGGCUGAGGGCAUCGGUCAUGUCUGCGGUGGAAUCGGCCACAGAGAGAGCCAGGGAGCUCGGAAGAAAAUAGUCAGCAGCGUCCGGAUGCCUUUUUAUGAAUUACAGCUCGAACUCGAACCACAGAAAGUCUUAAAAUUAAGCUGUCUCGUUUGUUUUUGUUUUAUUUAUUUCCCAACAGGUUGCUGGAUGACUAAAAAAAUAACAUG